AUGGUAAAGGAUUUCGGAGAGGAACAUAUAAGGUUAACGAAUAAGCCUCUAAAUAAAAAGAUUACUUUCUCAUAUAGUGAUGAUGAGGACGAUGAUGAUGAAAUGGUUGAUGAUGAGGGAGAGGGGGAAGGGCAAGGGGAAGGGGAAGUGAUUAAAUCAGAUACUAGUAAAGAAAAUGAAGCUAGUCAAGAAAGUUUAACAAAUAAAGAUUUGGAUCAUCAUAAUUCAGAUGAUGUGUGCCAUGGAAAGGUAACAGAAGAGACUAGAAAUAGUAAAAAGGCUGGGGCAAACAUUGAAAAUCAAGCAGAUAAUUUAGAGGAGCCACCAGCAAAGAAACGAUGCCUUGAAACAGAUUCAUCAAAGAGUGCAACCUAUGAAAAAGAGAAUAUUGAGGCUGAGCUCAAAGGGCUUGGAGAUAAGAGUGAGUUCCUCAACCUUGAUCCUGGUUGUAAUGGUGUUAUCUUUGUUCAAAUGAGGAAGAGAGAUGGAGAUCCUGGCCCCAAAGAUAUUGUGCAGCAUAUGAUGACAUCUGCUGCAUCAACAAGGAAGCACAUGUCAAGGUUUAUUUUAAGAGUCUUACUAGUUGAAGUGGCAUGCUAUGCUUCAGAAGAGGAAAUUACAAGAGCAAUGACACCUCUCAUUGUGCAGUAUUUUCCGGUAGAGACACAGAACCCUAGGAAGGAAAUCAAAAUCUUCUUAGAAAUUCUAAGAUUGACAACCAUUGCUUUAAGUGCUCCAGAAUUUGCUUUACCGUAUGAGACCCAUGCGAAUUCUGUUAUUGACAGGAUGAAAAUUAUAAAUUCCAUUUCCAAGUCUUUACCUGCACCACAAAAAGUUGAUCUUAGCAAAUCCUGA